AUGACUUCGCCCGCGGCAGCCACCGGCCCGCAGACGUCAAGCCUCAUCAUCGGCAACGCCUUGUCCAUCCCGAAGCUCAUCUAUGGCACAGCCUGGAAGAAGGAGCGCACUGCCGACCUGGUCUAUGCCGCGCUCAAGACCGGCUUUCGCGCGGUCGAUACAGCCGCGCAGCCGAAGCACUACGACGAGCGCGGCGUUGGCGAGGGCAUCGGGCGCGCCAUCUGCGAGGGCAUCGUCAACCGCAAGGACCUCUUUAUCCAAACCAAGUUCACGCCACUCAAUUCUCAGAGCGAGACGCUCCCGUAUGACCGUUUCGCACCACUCGUCGACAUGGUGCACCAAUCCGUCCAGUCGUCCCUCAAAAACUUCACUUUCGUUGGCCAGGAGCCGUACCUCGACGGCCUUAUCUUACACGGACCCAUGGAUACCAUAGAUGACACCAUGAUAGUGUGGAAGACGCUGGAGUCGUAUGCACCGCAUCGCAUCCGCCACCUCGGCCUCUCCAACACGACGCUAAGUACACUUGAAGCGGUCUACGCGCGUGCGUCGCUCAAGCCCGCGAUCGUGCAGAAUCGCUUCUGGAGCCGAACAGGCUUCGAAAGAGCACUGAGGUCCUACUGCCGCGAGAAUGACAUGGUGUUCCAGGCCUUCUGGACCAUAACCGCCAACAGGGAGCUCUUGGAAAGUGAACCAGUGCGCUUCGUCGCGCAAAACGCCGGCGUGGACGCCGUGGCGGCGUACUAUUCGCUGCUCGUCGCCUUGGGGAACCUGGCGGUGCUGGACGGGACAACGGACACGGCGCACAUGGCUGCGGACCUGGAGAUCGAAAAAGUCGGCUUGUGGGCUGACAAUGAAAACCGUGCCUGGUCGCAGACGCUGAAGACCUUCCAAGCCAUGCUAGGAGACCUGUAG